GUCUAUGGAGGCACUUCAAACGGCUUUCAGUUGAGUUCUACAUCAGUUUUUAAUACAAAAAUGUAUGCUGAAAUGGAAAACGAUGAAAGUCCUGUACAUAUAGCAUGCACUCAAGAAGGAUGUGACAAUGUUGAUGUAGUGUGGGACUGGAAUUCUCCACGAGCCAAGCAGCAGCCAAAAAGACCACAAAAACGUUUGAUAUCACAAUCACCUAAAGUUCCUGUAAAAAGACAUCCAUCGAAUAAUCAAAUCCAAAAUUUUGAAAAACUUCGAGACGAAUUACAAGCUCUGAGGGAAGCAAUUGCUCUUCCAGAUCAUGAGGAGAGCUUAAUGUUGUCUCCUGUAGAAGAAGCAGAAUAUAAACAUGUUAAUGAUCAAAACGCUGAUAAUGUACGUCCAUUAACUCAAGAGGUAUGUUUAGAAGGAAUUGAUGCAGACUUGUUUAAUGAUUCAGCAGAUGAAGAUUUAAUACUUUGUACUCAAAAAUUAGAAGCAGAUUUAAAAGCUAUAGAAAAGAAAACAAGUGGUUGUAGUAGUAACUUAAUAAAUAAUCCAAAUAGAGGUACAAAAGUUACACAUAUUGACAUUGACAAGGACAUCAGAAAUAUAGGUUUUAGCAGUGCAUAUUUGCAACCUACUAAAAAUUUUAAUGAUAAAAAAGAUCCUUUAGUUAAUAUAUCAAUGAAAAUUAAUGCUGAACAUUUAGAUUCUAACAAAGUUAUUCAUGACAAAAUAAGUUAUAACCAGAGUUUAAAAUCUUCCGCUCAUUUAGGUUUUCCUAGAACAAGGUCAGAAAAUCAGUUUAAAAAUUGCAGACAAAUAGGAAAAGUGGAAUUCCAUCGAACACACAGUUUUGAAUCUAGCGUUGAAUACAAAAAAGAAGUAAUUCCUCAGCACAAACUAGAUGAAAUUGAAAGGAAAAGGAAGGAAGCCUUGGCGAAACUAGAGUUAAAAAGGAAACAAGAACAUAGUGAUUCUCUAUCAAGAUGUUCACCAGAAGAAAUAGAAAAAAAAAGAUUACAGGCACUUGCCAAACUAGAAGCUAAGAGACAGCAAGAAAUUAUUGAACGCAAAAGACGGGAAGCUCUGAAACGUUUAGAAUUAAGCAGGAAGAAAAAUGCUAUGAUAGUGAGAAGUUCUCUCAGUACAAGAUUGUGAUUAUGGAUAUAUUAAAUGUGAUGAGAUGUUUUUAUUCAGUCUGUUAUUUUGUUAAAGAUUGGUGAACUUUACAUAUUUUUGUAUAUUAUUAAAAUCUGUAACAAAUUUGUUACAUGAACUGAUGUAUAUUUUUAAAACCAGUGUGAUAUGCAUAAUCAUACAAAACUAAUGCCGCUUCAAGCAUAUUUCUCACUUAAUAAAAGAAAUAAAUAUCUACAUAAUUAUGCACUAGGUCAAUUCUUGGAGUAUGUGCAUUAUUUUUUGUUAAACGAAAUCCUGUUAGUGCUCAUGGCAAAUUGUUAGUGCUCAUAGUCCAAGCAGUUUCCAAGAUUAUUAGUAGUUUGCUAGAACGGGCCUAUCAUAGAUCUAAUUUUUUUCAGAGAACUAGAAAAUGUUAUUUGUAUUUAGUAUUUUUUUUAAUAAAAUUAUAUUACCUACCUUUAUUUCUCAGCAAAACGAUCAUAACUUUUUAAAAUUUAUAUGUAUUUUACGGACUAUAUAUUUUCUUAAUAGUUUAUUCUUAAAAUUGACAGUAUAUUUUUUAGGGAAAUGGACUGGUAGUUUUGUAUUGAAAUUAAAUUGAACAGUUUACUAAAAUAAAUUUAUUUGAGAAUAAAACGUUCAGUUUCAAAAAUUAGAAACCCAUUUUGUUAUAUAUGUACAUCUCAUACCCAUCUAAGUAAAACGAAACAAGAAUGUCAGUUUCUCUUUAAAUUCGACACUUCGAAUCUUACUAUACUUUUUUAUAUUUCCUAACAGUUAAAACGAUUAUGAUUUAGAUUUUAAAUAUUUUAUAUAUCAUAAAGUUGAGAGAAUUUUUUAUGAAAAGAAAAAAUAUUCAUAAUUCAGUUACAAAUUUCAAAAGUAAGUCUACAAAAAAGUAAAUAAACCAGUUAAUCAUGGGUUCUUUGCACGAAAGUAGUAAUACUUUUCCAUUUUCAUUGAUGCAAGGUUAGUUUUAAAAAUAUGUAUUCAAUAACUCUGUAGUUUUUAAGGCAUUUGGUUGAAAUUUGCAGACUUGCCACAGCUUAACAAUUACUCUACUGUUAGAAAUUUGAUGACCUAUAACUCCUAACGAUCAGGACUUAAAGUAUUAAAGUAGAAGAGAAUUCUCUGUACUUUUAGAGCCUGUACACUUAUGAAAUAAAUUAUAUCUAUACAGGGUGAUUCAUUAACAAUGGGAAAAUCGAAAGCUGAAGAUACUAUACGUA